AUGUUUAGAUUUUGUAAUAAUAUUAAAUAUGUAAACAUGAUGAAAUCGGUCAUAAAUUGUACUGAUUGCCGACGAAAAAUUCUAAAUAAUAUAAAAUUGAAUUCUAUUAUGAAAUUAGAAAUUACAAAUGUAAAUAAACCUUCCUCGUUACAAGUUCUCUCUACACUCACUAUAUGCGCGGAUUUCAAUAUGGCUGCCUGCGUCGGGAAGAAUUUGACCGUAUGCGGUUAUUUACGCUUGCCUGGCUUGUUUUGGACGCCAUUCUCCCUUCAAUUCGCUCGCUAUGCGUCAAAAAAAUCAGGCGGUAGUACGAAAAGUCAAGGUAAAAGACAAAAAGCAAAACAUUUGGGUGCAAAAAGAAGCGAAGGCGAACACGUUAUACCAGGAACUGUAUUGUAUAGACAGAGAGGCUACAGAUUUCAUCCGGGUGAAAACGUAGGAGUUGGUCGCGACCAUACCCUGUUUGCCUUAGUGGAAGGCAAAGUGAAAUACACGAAGGAACUACUUGAACCCUAUCCUUGGGCAUUGGGGAAAUCUGGACCUUAUCACGAACGCAAAUUUAUUCAUGUUAUCGGCAAACCUUUUAUUCCAAAAUACGUGUUAUCCAACAAAAAUGACUUUUUGAAAUGACUUGUUAAUAUUUAAAAGUCUACGAGAGUUUAGUUAGUCGAUGUGACGAAAAUAAAACGUUACUGUUGAAAAGUUA